GUGGGAAGAAGAAUGCUCAUCUAAGGGGAGCUGGAGGAGACGCCUCAGCCAGACCCAACUCUUCAGGGAAGAGGCAGGAGCUCACAGGACAGCAGUCCUAGAAGACCUCCAUCCUUUGUAUAGAGCAGAACAAAAUGGACUUGUCUGAGGUAUUAUGUCAUCUCACAUCAUCACAAGAACAAGAAAAACAGUAUGAUAAGGAAUCACUGACUUUCAGGGACGUGUUUGUGGACUUCUGCCUGGAAGACUGGCAACAACUGGACUCUGCUCAGAAGAACCUCUGCAGGGAUGUCAUGAUCGAGAACUACAGCCACCUGGUGUCCGUAGGGUAUCUAACUGCCCAGCCAGAUGUGACCUUCAGGUCAAGACAAGGAGAAGAGGCUUGGAUGGUUGAUAGAGGAACUUUCAUUUGGAACUGUGCAGAUGUAUCCAUUUUUGCCUCAUGUGUUAUGAAGUGCUAUUAUUAGCUAAAACUGAAGCUAUGGAAGAAAGAAAGAUGAUUAGCUGUAAAGCAUAUUGGAAAUCAUGUCUUCAUUUCCAUCUUGAUUAAAUCCAACCUUCAGAGAACUUCUUUGAGCCCAGUCAUUGAGGAAAAUCCCUCCUCCAUAAAUGAAUUCUCUGAAUAAAAGUCAGAGAAUUCAACCAGGGGAGAAACUCUACGAAUGUACUGAAUGUGGAAAAGUGUUUAUCCAGAAAGCAAACCUUGUUGUACAUCAAAGGACUCACACUGGAGAGAAGCCGAGCGCUGUGAAUGUGCAGAAGCCUUCAGCUAGAAAACAACCCUCACUGCACACCAGAGGACCAUACAGGUGAGAAGCCCUGUGAGUGCAGUGAAUACGGGAAAACAUUUGUCUGGGAGGUAAUGAUAAUUAAACAUCAGAGAAUUCAUACAGGAGAGAGAUCUUAUAAAUGUAGUGAGUAUGAGAAAGCUUUCAGCAGGAAGUCAACUCUCAUUAGACAUCAAAGAAUUCAUGCAAUUAUGAAUGUAAUGAAUAUGGAAAAUCUUUCAGUGUGAAAUCAACCCAUUGUUCAUCAUAGAACUCAUACAAGAGAGAAGUACUAUGAAUGCAGAGACUGUGGGAAAGCUUUCAAUGGGAGGAUAUCCCUCAUUAAACA